AUGAGCACUAUGUCGGUCCUUGCGUGCUUCACCCGGACCGACAAGCCUGCGGAGGAGAAGGUGGAUGUGUGGCUCACGGAGCAGCUCAAGUUCACGCGCGACCAGUUAGACAAGAAGUCCAGACAGUGUGAGCAGCUGGAUGCAGAGCUCCGCCGACUCAAGGAGCAAAGACUGGUCGUGCGGCCGGAGGAGUUGGAAGCCUUGAAGGAAUCUCACCGGCAGGAGCUUGAGAGGCUGUCUCAAGAGCUUGCCAAUGAGCGGGACCUCCAUCAAGAGGCCUCGCGGCUUCUUCAAGGUCAGCGGGAGCAGCGAGAUGCCAAGGUACAGAUGCUUCAAGAGGAGCUUCGCAACCUCAGCGAUGGCUUGGCGCAGAAGGAGGAGGACAUGCUCAACAUCCAGUUCAGCAUGGUGGAACUGCAGAAUCGAUGCAGCGAUCAGGGCGCCCUGGUCGAGGAGAAUGCAGACGCUUUCCAGAAAGCCUCGGAGGAGCUCGCCGAGAAGGAGGAGGCUCUGGAGCAGGCAAUCCAAAGGCAGCAGGAGCUGCGCCAGCAGAUGAGUGCUGCAUCGACAGCGCUCCAGGGGCAGGUCCGACAACUUUCACAGGAGCUCGAGCACUGCCAGGCCGCAAAGUCUACAGCCCAGUCUGCUUUGAGCAGGCUCCAGGAUGAGAAUGCUUCCCUGGCAGCCCAGCUGCUGCAGGCGAACACUGAGAUGGAGUCUUUGCGUGAAAGGCUUCACGAGCAGGACGCCAGUGAAUGA